AUGGCUGGCAGGGACUGGAUCCAAGGAUUUCUUAAGAAAAAUCUACGAAUAAGCAUUCGAAAUCCUGAAGCUACUUUAAGAGUUAAUGAAGUUUCAGAUAACCAUUCAACUAACAACAUUUCAGAAGCAACAGCAUCAACUAGCAGUAGGAACGUUAUAGGACCGCAACCUUCUACAAGUGUUGAUAUUACAAAUUAUAAACCAAAUGAUAGUAUAAAUCAAGAUAACAAUAAAUCCGACAGUGAACCUCUAGCUAGCGUACUUUCACAACUAAUACCUCUGCCUAGCAUUGAAAAAGAUUCCGCAAAAUGUAAACAGUGUGAUAAAACCUUUUCACGAAAAGGAGGUGGCACUACUUCGCUUAAACUUCAUCUUAAAUCAAAACACGGUGAUAAGUACGAAGAACUUUUGUUACUAGAAAAAGAUAUCCAACAAAUACCACAUACCACGAAACAGCUGACACCAUUACAAGAGUGUAAAAAACAGCUGUCAAUAACAGAUUCUUUAAAAAAUAAAGGCGCCUGGGAUGAAAUACUGUAUUCGGGCGCGCAUGAUAUACCAAUUCUUAAUGCUGAUGAAUGGCUCGACUUGAAAAAGUGUGUUGCAAUACUAAAGCCGUUCGAAGAAAUUACAAAGGAGUUAAGUAGUGCUACUGCAACAAUAGCAUCAGUGAUUCCAUUAAUAUAUACUCUUAAAAACACACUAGAAACAGAGAAGAGUAAAGAAGAGACUUCUGAGAACUUCAAAUUAAUGAUUACGAAAAUGAUCCAAGACAUCAAUGUCAGAUUUCAGGAUAUUGAAAAUAAUAAAAUAUAUACAAUAGCUACUUAUCUAGAUCCACGGUUUAAACUCAAGUUUUUUACUGAAAUUACGAAGGAACAGGUACAGUCUGAGAUUCUGGGGAUUCUUGGGUGUUCAAAAGCUUCUCGUGAUGAAGGUCCUUCUUCACCUAAGAGAUCACGGAAUGAGAUUCCGACAACAAGCUCAAGCAACUAUUCACACAUUCAAUCUUGUCUAGCUGAAAUAUUAAGCUUAAGUGACGAGGAAGAGCAAAACAUAGAUUGUGGUGAUGAUGUGCACAAUCAAUUUAUUGUUAAAAAGACAUUACUAAAUGAAUACAACAGGGAGAAACGAUUGACACUCAAUGAAGAUCCACUUUUAUGGUGGAAAAUGCAUACCAAGUACCAUUGCUUAAGUGAUUUAGUAAGACAGUACCUUUCUCCACCUCCUGGAAGUGUACCAAGUGAGCAGCUUUUCAGUGCAGCUGGGUUAAUUUAUGACCCCUUAAGAAAUCGACUUUCUGGUGAUAAGGCUGCGAAAUUGCUUUUUGUUAAGUAUAAUUUACCUUUGCUUAGUUUCGACUAUUAA